AUGUGGAGAUACAAUACCAGGAUAUAUAACAGCAAUAUCACUACAAGAGUCCUUGCUAGAAGUCUUCAAUUGACAAGAAAUGUCUCGGAUUCCAAUGGAGUGCGUCCAGGAAAGAGAAGAAUGACUCCUUCUCAAAAGAAGAAGCAGGCGGCGGAACUAGCCAGACUCAGUUUCACUGAUAUCUUUGAUUUCUUGUCACAUAAUACUCCAGAAGAAUUGCAUCAGCAAGAAGAUGUAGAUAUGGAUAAUGUCUUCCAGAACCCAGAGAUUUUCAAGAAAUUGACGUUCAACCAGCAAAACAUAGUGAUCGAAGAGUUGGACAGCUACAAGCUCGGGGAAUGGCCAGCCAUCCCACAAGAUGCAAAAAGAUUGAUGUAUUACGUGUCUUAUGGUAACUGGGGUCCAAGAGAAUCUUUCAAAGACCCACUUUCUCGAAAUUACGUCCCCGAAGAUAUACCGUUCACCCUUUUAAGUAUAAAGACCGCAUCGCCAACGCCAUCGACUCCAAUAACGAAGUUGAAGUCGGUGAAUUUGAUGUCAGUAACAAAGGAACGUCAGAAGCAGUUCGACAAUAAUGUGAGGAAAUUGGAUCCUGCGAGUCAGGCAGUGGUUAUAUUGGGGUUCUUGGUCUCAGUGUUAGCGUUGAUCAGAGAUAAGUUUCUGGAUAAUGUUGAAGCAGAAGAUCAAUGUCUCAUUGGUGAUUUAGUUGAGGAGCCAGAAUCUGUGGAAUGGAUCAAUGAUUUGGAAAAAAGGCUAAAUAAAUCAGAAGAGAAUGUCGGGGAAGUUGCAGCGGCAGUGAAGGAAAUAACCGAAAAUCCACAGCCAUCAAGCCAGAACAGAAAGUGGUAUUACUUGUGGUUACGAUAA